UGUGGAUGACCAACCGUGUUGUGAUGACAGAUGAGCAUAGAGUGUCGUUCGCGCGUACAGACCUUUCACGUCAUGCUGGUUUUCCUCUCUCGCUUUCUCUCACUCUCUCCUCCGCACAGUCCCUGUCUCAUUCAGACCACUCCCCUCCUCUCCCCCUACCAUCAUCUCCUCAGAUGAUCAAACUCUCCGGUACCGGGGACAGCGUCUCGCGCUGCGCUCGUGCGAUCCCGAGGAACUGCCUCGCGCGGAACCGCAGUCUCACCGAGCUGGAUUUAAUUCACUACAUCGUAGAGAUGGACAGGGAAGAGCAGGAAAUGUACAGGCCGUAACUAUUCUGUCACGACACAGUACUUGCAAUGACAGAGACGUCAAUGUGUUUCAUUGAAUAUGCGCAGCGAGAAAAGCAAAUACGAUGUAAUCGUUGGCAAUGAACUUGAAUUUCCAUUCCUCCUCAGUAAAUGGGAGGACAUGGCUAAAUACACAAAUUCAUGAACGCCUUAAAGCUGUUAAUUUUUGCAUUAUAUCGAUAGGGCACCAGUAGAAGAGUUUGUCAGUGUACAGCGCAUUAUGUCCGUUCAGUACUGCAUUGAUGUAAGGGAAACGAUGGAGGAGCGGAGAGCAGACUGCACCGUCGUGUGAUGUUUCACUUCAGAGCCCUGCAUCAGCAACACAGCCUCGGUCAUCGGAUUACUGUUGGAGUACGAUACAAUCUGUAGAAAUAGUCUAAUGGACAAUUGCUCAACGAUUCAGUUGCAGUGUCUGGAGAUGACUACCAAGAGGAAGAUCAUCGGCCGCCUGGUGCCCUGUCGAUGCUUCCGGGGGGAGGAGGAGGUCAUCUCAGUGCUGGAUUACUCCCACUGUAGCCUGCAGCAGGUCCCUAAGGAGAUCUUUAGCUUCGAGCGCACACUAGAAGAGCUCUACCUGGAUGCCAACCAGAUUGAGGAGCUGCCUAAGCAACUCUUCAAUUGUCAAGCACUUAAGAAGCUAAGCAUGCCUGACAAUGACCUCUCCAGCCUGCCAACCACCAUCGCCAGCCUUGUGAAUCUGAAGGAGUUAGAUAUUAGUAAAAAUGGUAUUCAAGAGUUUCCAGACAACAUCAAGUGCUGUAAAUGUCUGUCAGUUGUGGAGGCCAGUGUAAAUCCUAUUGCCAAACUCCCAGAUGGCUUCACGCAGCUUCUUAACUUGACACAGCUCUUCUUAAAUGACGCCUUUCUCGAAUAUCUACCUGCCAAUUUUGGGAGAUUGUCUAAAUUACGGAUCCUGGAGCUUCGGGAGAAUCAUCUAAAAACUAUGCCAAAGUCGAUUCAUAGGCUGUCACAACUGGAACGGUUAGACUUGGGAAGCAAUGAAUUCUCUGAGCUGCCAGAAGUGCUGGAGCAGAUCCAUAGUUUAAAAGAGCUGUGGCUAGACAACAAUUCAUUACAAACCAUACCAGGGUCUAUUGGGAAAUUGAGGCAGUUGCGAUAUUUGGACUUGGCCAAGAACAGGAUUGAGGGUCUAGAUGCAGAUAUCUCUGGGUGUGAGUCCUUAGAGGACCUGCUGCUCUCCUCCAACAUGCUUCAACAGUUGCCUGAUUCAAUAGGAAAGUUGAAAAAGUUGACGACAUUAAAAGUUGAUGACAACCAGCUCACCUCACUGCCUAACACCAUUGGAAGUGCACGAGGCAAAAUCGGUUUAUCACUUUUAGAGGAGUUUGACUGUAGCUGUAAUGAAUUAGAAUCCCUGCCUCCAACCAUUGGCUACCUGCACAGUCUUCGGACAUUUGCAGCCGAUGAAAACUUCUUGACUGAGCUCCCCAGGGAGAUUGGAAACUGCAAGAACGUCACGGUCAUGUCCUUGCGCUCCAAUAAACUGGAGUUUCUGCCUGAUGAAAUCGGACAGAUGACAAAACUACGUGUUCUCAAUCUGAGUGACAAUAGGUUAAAGAAUCUUCCCUUCACUUUUACUAAACUUAAGGAUCUUGCUGCACUCUGGUUAUCUGACAAUCAGUCCAAGGCCCUUAUCCCCCUCCAAACAGAGGCUCACCCGGAGACCAAACAGAGAGUCCUUACCAACUACAUGUUUCCUCAGCAGCCCCGACACGAUGAGGAUUACCAGUCUGACACUGACAGCUUUAAUCCCACCCUCUGGGAGGAGCAAAGACAGCAGAGGAUGACUGUGGCGUUUGAGUUCGAGGAUAAGAAGGAGGAGGAGGACAACUCAGGAAAAGUGAAGGUUGAGAUUAAUCUAAAGCGCUAUCCCACCCCGUACCCAGAAGACCUGAAGAACAUGGUAAAGUCAGUGCAGAACCUAGUGGGUAAAUCCACUCACCCUCUCAAUGCUGAUAAAUGUUCUUCGGGGACCAAUAUGGAGCACCACAGUCAAGACAAGUAUGAGCCCAAGUGGCCCAUUGCUCCUAAGGAGUCCGCUGUUUAUUCCUUCCAGGUGACAGAACGGGACGUGAAGGACUUCUCUAACCCACAGAUGUCUGAGCAAGGUGCCAUUCAUAACACAGCCAUUGACAUCCCAAAGCGCAAAGACAAAGAGGAUCUGACUGAGAGCUCGGAGAUUUCUUUACAUCGCGUCGUUCCCAAGCCGCAACAGCCAGAGAAUACGAGCCUGGCCGUUACUUCCUCUUCCUGUUUCUGCCUCAUAGACUCCAUGGGAGGCUCCCCUAAUGAUAUCCGGAUAUCUGACAUGAGGCCAACUCUGGUAGAGCCACCUAUGUACAAGCCAAAGGUUGUGUUACUGGGAAAGGAAAAAAAAGAGUCCACAGAUGAAUCUGAGCCAGAGAAAAUGCAUUGUAUGAACAAUAGUGGCUCGUCUGCCACCUAUUCAGACUACUCACCAUCCCAGGGUUCAUCUGGAUCCUCUAACCCACCUGGAAAUGCCAGUAACCUCCAGUCCACUGGGAAAGAGGGCCCGUCACAGACUCACUGGACUAACAGGCUAGCUCAGUCCUUCCCAAAGCCCAUCGAAACCAAGCCCCUUCUCAGCCAGAGGGAAACGCCUCCUUCCAGUACGCUGCAGCAGCGUGGUGAGAGGCGGCCACUCAGCGACACCUUCGACAGCUGGAACGAUGUGCCCCACUACGACAACACAGGUUUUGUCUCUGAGGAGACGGCUAUUGACACACCCAGCAGCAGUGCUGGAAACCCCAUGCUAGGCUCAAAGCCCCGUAGUGCCUCAACAGCACAUGGGCGACGCCCUCUCAUGAGACAAGAACGCAUCGUGGGAGUUCCCUUGGAGCUCGAUCAAUCCCAACACACUUUCCACACAGUUCGCACCACCCCUGAAACUGAAGUGCCUGCUCCCUCUAACCCGUGGCAGAACUGGACAAGGACUCCCAGCCCUUUCGAGGACAGGACAGCUUUUCCUUCAAAGUUGGAAAUUACUCCAGCAAACAGCCCCAAUCCGGACCGCAAGGACUUCGAACAGGAGAUAGGAGAUAUUCCUCGUACUUUUCCCUCGACUGGCGCCUGGGGGUUUCUUGACUCCACAGACUCCGGUAUGGGACGAGGUCAUCCCAACAUUUUUACGCACGUUCAGAGCGGAAAAGAACCAAUCAAAGGAGGCACUUUGGUUGUUAGCAAGAGUUCUGAAAGACUUUCACCGAUGAUGAGGGAGGUAAAGGCAAAAUUCAAGAAGUCACAAAGCAUAGAUGAAAUAGAUACUGGGUCGUACAAGGUUUACAGUAUACCAUUGGACAGCUACAGUUCUAGCAUAGAAAAUCAGGGAAGUGUUGAUCGAGCAGACCUCCAUAUGCCUAUGGAACAGAGUAUGUCUAGGAGCCAAUCGGCUCCCAUGCUGGAUGAUGAUCUGGACUUAUACGGUUCCAACAAAAGCCUUCAGCAGCAGAAGCCCGCCCUUCCAAAGAAAGUUUACCAAUUUGACCAAAGCUUCAACCCUCAAGGAGCCAUGGAUGUUAUGAAAGCAGAGAGGAGAGUUCCUCCGCCCUUCCCCAACACUCCUGAAUAUGUAAACCAACCUGGCAAGACGUUGCCAAAGGAACUUGUAAGCCCAAGAGGUUACCGGGGCUAUCAACCAAUGGACCAGAUGUUUUCAUUUACUCAGGCUGCAGUCACGGAUGAUGCUUUAAAUCUACAGCACUCUGUUCAGCCUCAACGCUCCAGGCCAGGUUUUCUGCGGCGAGCCGAUUCUCUGGUAAGUUCAACAGAGAUGGCGUUAUUCCGCCGAGUUGCAGAAAACCAUGAGCUCCAGAUGGCAGAACACUACAACAGACCUCAACAAUUAAAGAGCAUGUUGGAGCAACAAAAUAGCUUGUCCAACAUGGCUGACACCCAGUUCCACAAGAGAAAUGGUAGGUAUGAAGAGGAAUAUUCAUCUUAUCAAGAUCCCAAAAAGCCCAUCAUGGGUUACCCCACCAAGAGUCUGACACAACGUCGCCCCCUGUCUGCAAGGAGCUACAGCACAGAGACAUACGGGGCAUCUCAGGCAAGGCCAGUGUCCGCCCGACCCACCAUGGCGGCACUGCUCGAGAAAAUGCCUUCAGAUUACAAUCUUAGUACGUGCACUGAGAAGAACCCUGACGCUGACAUGAAGAUGAGACCAGUCACUCAAAAACCAGAGGACCCGAGUUCUAAAAUGCCGGUAGAUUGGAGACAACAGCUGCUUAGACACAUAGAAGCAAAGAGAUUAGACCGGAGCGCUGUCCUUAAGCACAACACAGUAAACUUCGGCAUGCUGUACUCUGGAGGCUAUGCUGCACCGCAUGCCAGCAGAAGCAUGACAAUAAACUUUUACAAUAACACAAAGCAUGAAAACCAAACAACUCAGUGGCUACCUCUACCAAAUACACCUUCACAACAGAGCAAUAUUUUAGAUAAUGGACAAGAGGUUGUGUCCCCAAGUAGCCAAUGGGCUCCAUAUUCACUGGGUCGAAGGGACGUGCCACCAGAGAGCAUGAAUAUCAUCAAAAAGGCUGGUGUUCACAAUCCCCAUCAACAACAGGCUAUGAUGAUAUCCUCAGCACCCCCACCCCAUCGGACAGGCCGUGACCAGCAGUAUGAAGGAGCCAUCAACAAGGUGUCCAUCCAGCAGUACCAGUCACCCCUGCCCAUGCCCAUUACCACCACCAGCCCACGGCCACAGAGUGCCCGCUGCUUCAUCCAGACUAAAGGCCAGAAGAGUAUGGAUGGCUUUCCAGAACAGCUCUGUGUGAGAAUUGAGAAGAACCCUGGCCUUGGUUUCAGUAUCUCAGGGGGUAUCAGUGGGCAAGGGAACCCCUUCAAGCCCUCGGACAUGGGUAUCUUUGUUACUAGGGUACAGCCUGAUGGACCUGCCUACAACGUUCUUCGACCAGGGGACAAAAUUCUGAAGCAUGAUCUCCGUCUCCUCCACUCGUGUGCAUCACUUCCCCCCCUCUCUUCCUCACAGUGAAUAUCUCUUAAUCCUCCUUGAGCUAGGCCCGUACCCAGCCAUCCUGUGCCGCUGUGCCCAACCCUCUCUUUCCCAGUUCACUUUGUUUACCAUGUGCUUCAUUCUUGCAUUGCAGGCCAAUGGACAUAGUUUCUUACACAUGGAGCAUGAAACCGCUGUGUCUCUUCUGAAGAAUUUCCCGAAAACUGUGGACAUGGUAAUCUUAAGGGAGAGCACAACAUAAAUAUUUUUAUAGACUUCUCGCCCAGAUCGAACACAGGAACUUGUAAAUCUUCUUUUUAUCUAGGAACAAUUUUGCCAAUUGCUGGACCAAUGGCAAUUUCCAGUGCCAAAUGUAUAAUAGAGGACAUAUCUAAUAACGUCACAUAUUGCUUAUACAUUAUACACACGACCAUACAUCGGUUUAAAUCUUUCGUUGAUGUCGUUGAUAUUCUUUAUCUCAGCCUGUGGCUGUAAGUGGGUGCAUUUUCCUGCUUAUUUAUAUGGCGUAUUAUUUUGUACCUAUUUUUCCUAGCAGCUUUUCAGUUGAAUCUUUUGAGCAUGAAAGCACAUCUGCUUUAAGGACAUUUACCCACCAUAACACUGCCUCAACUUUGUAAAUGCCUUGUGUAAAUAUAUACAUGAUUUACAACUCAAAUGUGAUUAGAGCGUAUAAUGUGAAUGAAGAAAACACUGAUGAUUUUCUUAUAUAAUCCAAGUUUUUAUAAGAUUUAGAAGAGAUGUAAUUUUAUUCUUCAGAUGAUUUAGGGAAAACCAAAAUCUCCCCUUUAUAACUUGAUACAUGUAAAGAUUCUGGAUUUGCACAAAUCAAAUGACAGAACCCCAAGCAAUAUUCAGUUUCUUUUAUUUUUUUAUUUUUUUUAGCUUUUCCUGCAGCACCCUCUAUUGGUUAAUGUAGACAUAUUCAUUUUCCAAGAUCAGAAUGGCUCUUACUCAUUUUUUAUUAAAUAAUGUGAAUGUACAUUGCUAUGUUAUUCCAACAUUUUGUUUGCUGCCAGGACAAAUGUGUGUGGCUUUUGGCAACCCAUAGUUUUUUAAAUAAUCCAAUGUACUGAGAGUUUUAAUGGGAAGCAAAUCAUUGCCGUUGUCUUUGUUUGUUGCUUAAGAUUUAUUUAUUUUUCAUUAUUUAUGAAGAAAUAAAGGGAAUUUCUUAUAAAAACUGACUGAUACAGUAAACACAUGUACUGUACGUCCUGAUGAGCGCAUGCUUUUCCUUUAAACUUAUUUUAUUAGGGGUUUUGUGUUUUGGCAACAUACAUAUCCAUUAUUUUACAAGUCAAUUUUGUGAAACAGUGCCAUACAGUAUUCCUAAAAAAAAAAAUCUUGGGCAUGUAUAAAAUGUUGCUUAAAUGUAGCAUUUGCAGGAGAGGCCCCAACACAACACCCACUACUUUUAGCCCGUGAGAAAGAUUGUUGACUAUUAAAAGAUUAUUAUGGAUGAUGCAAAUAAUUGUUCAAAUACUAUUGUGAAAGAACAUUUGAUAAUGAUUAUUUUUACUACGUGUUUUCAGAUAAUGGUUUCUAAUAUAUUGAUAUAAUUAGCUAUGCUCAAAUUAUUAAAUUUUAUAAAUACAAAACAAUGUACGAAAAGAGAGCUAGUGUGUACGGAAAGGAAAUACUGGAACAAAUAUGUACAAUUCUUUCUAAAGUAAUUGUGAAUUUGUGUCAUAAACAUAUAUAUGUAUAUGAAUAUACAAAUGGUCAUUUUUUUGUAUGUGUUUAAAGACCUAUGGAAUAUAAAAGGUAAUAUAUGGUACUAUUCAGUCUAAUUGCAGUAUUGAUGUAAAUAACUAUGAAUGGAGACAUUUAAAUUAUUCCAAUAGAUUGUGAAUGUACUUAAAGCUUUCUGCAGUAUUAAGACUUACUGAACUUGAAUGCCGUUUUCAUUUUUGUGCAAACAGUAAUUAUAUCUAGAAGAAACUAUUUCAAUUUAGUUCAUAACAGGAAUUAGUGACAAUUUAUCAUAUCAUUUAUUUGCACAUGCAAGUUUCCUCCUUCCGAUUUUUUUCUGUAUUACUGCAAAUAUGUAAUUGACUUAUAAUUCUGUGUCUAGAAUGCAUUUUGCAGAUGCUAUAUGUACAUAUUUCAAAUAAACUUUAGUUAAAAAAUUUUAAAUAACUAAAACAUGCAUAAAAAGGAGAAGAAAGUCCAAUGCUGUUCCGCGAAUAUUGGAGCCAUUUUCGGCUUUGGAGUACAGAAUUUUUCGGUAUCUAAGAGUUGUUUUGAAUAAUGUAUCAAAGUCUUUAUUGUACAAAUAAUAAAAAUGUCACUAUUGUUAA